AUGUCCAGAACAAUAACACUAGCUGUAUCUACCCCCUCUAAUAAGAAGGGUAACACGUCCACUUACUGUAUAUUGGAUAAUAAGGAUGGCAAGUUUACAAGAAUACGAAGAAGCUCGAAUUUUGGCGAUGAAAGCGUAGAUAGCAGUGUGCUGGCAUUUUGCUACCUGGUUCCAAAGGAUAGAUCACUAUAUGGCAACCAAAAACCAAGUCAAAGAGCUGAAAAAACUAACAAUCCAGUUGAAGGUGACUGUACUAGUAACAUUAACUCUGAAGUCGAAGAAAACGAAACUAAUUUUCCUAAUUUUGACCUAAAAGAUGAUUCUGACUAUAUGCUCAUAUGCAGGUCUAAUGGGAUCAUUGAGGUUGUUAAGGACUAUCGACAAAAAAUUUAUCAGAAUUCCUCUUUAUGCCCACAAUUCUUAUGGAAAUGCUUCCCUGAUGACAUCGACCCAACAGGAGAUUUCGACUUUAGCAUUGCAAAUCUAUCAUACUUCAAGGGCUUGCUUUAUUGUUGCACCACAUCUGGAAAAGUAUAUAUAUUUAUUCUUAAUCUUCCAGAAGAUUAUAUUCAGGUUGAAAACCUAAUUAGUAACAGUGAUAGCAACAAGAUCAAAGAUAUGAAAAAUGAUGGUAAUGGAGGAACAACUGCUGCUCGAAAUAUAUCCCCUGAUGAAGACGAAUUCUUUAAAUUGACUCAAUACAGAUACUGCGGUAAAACUGAUGAUAUCUGCUAUUUUUUAAUUCCUAUUGAUGAAGACACUCGUAAUAGUAUCUUGGGACAACAAAAAUACACAGCCAGCUAUAGUGGAGCAAUAAUGUAUAAGUCGUCAGGUUAUAAUAGACUUGACCAAGGUAUUGCAAAUUUUCAAAUAAACCCACUGGAUAGGCUGAGUUUUAUUGUAUCUGCACAAAGGUCACCGCUUAUGAUAAGAAAAGUUGUUAUGACACGGAUAUUUGUUAUUUUUUUGCGUACCUAUUUGAAGAAGAAAUUAGAAUGCCAAUCAAAUCAAUAUUUGCAAUCAUCCUCAUUGAUUUUCAAUCUGGAUAAUGACAUUGCAAACAUGCCACAAAUUGAUCAUCGUUUGUGGAAUUCGAUUAUACAGCUGUCUGGUACAGCUCCAUUACAAUCAAUUAUCGUUUGGAAGCAAAAGUUUGGGGGGAGGAAAGAUGAAAUUGAUAAACUAUUGCAUAACAUAGCUGAUAAUCAAAAUGUUGAAUUAGCGGAAAAUUUAAGUAUAUCUACUAGGCCACUAUCUAGAGGGAAUUUGAUGGUAAAUAGGUCCCAAGACUCCCUGUUCAGACGAAUAAAUUACAUGUCUAGACAGUUGACGGAAAAAAAAGUGGAUACGCUCCUGAAAUCACUAAAAAAAAACACCUUCCCUAUUGAUUUUUGUGCUGUUCAAUUGCGACAAGAAAGUCAGCAACAUAUAUUUAAUGGGUCAUAUACGUUCAAUGAUGAGCCGCCAUCUGAUGUAGAAGAUGAUGUGAUAGUAUCCUUCCUUACAGACAAAUAUAGGAAUUUGGACAUUUAUAGUAUCGAAAAGUUUUUGAAAUUUCAUGUUUUCAGACCAAGGUUGAUGAAUGAACCCUUGGUGGAAAUCAAUGUGUACCCAAAUCACCAGUACAGUGAAUUUAGCAAUACAAAGGAUUCGAGGGAGAGAUUUGAUGAAAUAUUAUCACAAGUUUGCUCAUUCAAAAAGUUGUUUGUAUUAACAGAAAAGAUAAUUCUAAUUAUAGGAAGUGGUGGUGUUUUAUUAUUAGAUAGAAGUCUUCUUAAGUAUAUGAAUCACUUAAGCGAUAACCCAAUUGAAUCAAUUUGUAUCAUUAAGAUAGAUCUGGGCCUACUGAAUGAUGCUAUAUUACUGGUUGAUCGCUUUGAAACUUGCAAGGAUUGUAGUGGUGUACUACUCAAUUUCCAGUUAAUUACAACAAACCUAAGUGGCGAGAUAAACUCUUAUAAUUGCAUGAUGAGACCUCAUUCAAGAAUUGGAAGCUAUGAAUGCACCGACAGUAUUCAGUUAACAAAAGUCGGUAAAUUCGUUGAUAAAUUAAUUUUCAUAACUGAUUUCAAAGAACAAGUAUCAAGUCGUAAAAGGUCGCAAUCAGAUAUUGAAAUGGGACAGAGUAGGAAGAAACAGAGGUCACUAUCUGAUAAUUUCGUCAUAUCUUCAAUCUAA